AUGACAAAAGAACAAGGAGAAAAAAAGACACCCAUUCAGAUGCCUCCAGAAAUAGAGGCUUUACGCCUUGCUGCCCUUUCGACAAGAAAUCCUAAGAAAGAGAAGAAACUCGAACUGCCAAUAGCCGAAACUACUCUUGAGACAGCACAGCAAGCCCUCAAAUCGACAACCGCGGACGACGACGAAGUAUUUUCCGAAAGAGAAGAAGGGGAAUUAACUGAUACUGACGAGCAAAUGGGCGAAGCUUCUCACACGUCAACCUCCGAAGACAUUCCUAUUUGUAUGAAACAAGAGGGGAACGAACAGUGGCGGAUACAAG